GCAAAAGGAAUGUACUGUACAAGUCUAUGUAGAUCAAUAUGGCGCGCCUUCGUUUCCCAGGGAGGCCUGGCCACAGAUAUGGACGAUCACUGGUGCGAUAUCUUCCAGAAAAAGAUAGAAAUCGUCAGCAUGCAUUCUUUGCACGUACAGCAGCCAUCCAGAGAAAUUUGAAGUGGUUUUAUGAUCUUUUUGGUGACUCUGACGAGGAAGAUGAUUUCCAAGGCUUCUCAACCUCGGAGAUCGGUGAAUUGCCGUCACCCCUUAGGCGCAAGAAAUGGACGAAGAAGGAGGACCCGUCGCUUUCACCCAAGAUCAAGAAUGUCAAAGCCGCCUGGCCCAUCAUGGGAAGGAGAGCGGGAAGAGAGAUUCACUACACCAGAGGCGAUUCCUGCGCAGAGAUGAAGAGAGGAGAGUGGAACACGUCCAAACCAUACAGGACAAAGCAGUCAAGGGUCGCUGAAGGAAGAAUACAGAAGCUGAAGCAGGGAAAGAAUGGCAGCUUGGGUGUCGGCAAUCGCGAAAAGCGGUCAGUCGGUCGGCUGUCAUACAGGGACAUGGUUAAAGGUUUGGAUAUCGUCCGACCAAAGCUUAUUCCUCCAAAGCCACCGAAGAUCAAGGAACCGACAGCCGCUUUUACAAAGGUGGGAGGAAAGACCACAGGAAAGAUCCGUUUGCCGUUCAUGAUGCCAAAGCAGAAAGCGGGAGCGGCAAAGACGACAAAUCCUACAAAAUUCAAGAUAAAACUUCUUGGUGAUGGGAAGCAAGCUCAGAUUGUUAAAGGACGUGGAAGCCCAAGGAAGGACACAGGGGUGCCGUGGGGUAAGGCCAAGCUAGAAAAGGCACAGCUGUUACUCAAGAAAGCAAGAGGCAAGAAAUCUGAAUCGUCACCCAUGAAAUUUAAGCCAUGGGGAAGGAAGAAACUGUUGAUGGCUGAAGCUCAAAAUGGAACAUUGGACAAGGGAGGGAAAGUGAUCUGUGUGCCAAAAUCCAAACAAGUCAAUGUGUCAAAAGCCAUGGAGCUGGUGAAAAAGGCAAAAGGUGCUCAGAGGAAGGAUCAAGAGGUCUUUGGCUCAGAUACGCCUGGUAAGAGAUCAGUCAAGUGUUCUAGCAAGCUGGCUGAUAUGGACAUGAAAGGGGUCGACCUUCAGUUCCUGCAUCGGAAGGUCACUCCUCCAGCCAAAAAAGGGACUCUCUCUAAACAAGCUGGUUUGAAAUCUAAGAAAAAACUGAAGUUAGAUGGCAAACUUGAGCCUAAGACGCCUAAACCUUUGAAGCCCAGCUUUGGCUUCAUCAUGCCUGUUGUGAGCUCCCGUUCGUUGCGGGUAAUCAAGCCAACAAAAAGGUUUAUUGAGCAAGAAGAGUUUGGUUCCAGUCUGUUAACAUCACCGUCGGGCCAGGACUCCGGUGACUGGUCUGAUAUUCCUUCAGAUUUAGAUGGUUCGUUCUUAACCACUGGAAGCCUACAGGCAACGGAGAAUGACGAUAUCAAGAAACCCUCAAAGCCACCCCAAUCAGAUCAUACUGAACUGUCAAUGAAAGGCACUAAGAAGAAGAAAGCCAAACACAAGGAUAAGAAAGAAAAGAAACACACUGCUUUUCAAGAUGAAUUUUCGAAAUCAAUUAAGAAAAAGAAAUCCUCUCGGAAAAGAAAAACUAAGGUGAAGUCUGAAAAUGAAACUGAUAAAGAAUACAGCCCACAGUCAGAAGAAAAGAAAUGUAGGGAGGACAAACGGUUGUUGGCAAUGAUCAACGCAAAGAUCAAGAAUGGGACAGCCCUUACUGAAUCUCAGGAGGAAACAUUAUUAGGCACAACUGAAGCCAAGUGGCAACCCUUGAGAGCCGUUUACAAGAAGGUUGUAAAGAAGGACACAUUAAAUGAAGAAGAAUCUGCAGCUUUGAGGACAUCUCCUCUGGUAUUGUUCCAGACCUUGAGGAAUGGGGAGGAGCUCAUGCACAUCCGAGGCAGAAUCGACGGAUGUGCCACUGUUGGUGAAAUAUUGGAGAAGACCAAGACUGGAAUGGAUCUUACUCCGGGGGAGAAGGAAAAGAUGGAUCGUUACCGGAGAAUCACUUCGGAGAGGCAGGCAAUACUUCGGUCAAAGCAAAGAGCUGAGAGGUUGCUGAAGGAAGGUGAAGCUGGCGAUGGUGCCCCUGUUAAUCCAAAUAGCAUGAGCCCUAGGGCAGAUGGAAGUCCAAAGGUGAAUGCAACCAGCUCAAGUCCUCGGGCAAAGAAGAAGCCAGAGCUGACUGAAGAAGAGAAAGCCAAACUGUUGGAACAGGAACGUGAGCGGCUGAUGAAGAAGUUCUUGGAGGAGAAGGAGAAUUACGUCAAGACAGUCACAGAGCAUAGAGAGGCAGCUCCAGCUGACGGACUACCAUCAAUGAGGGCGCUGUAUAGAAAGGCGAAGGAGGGAUUAGAGCUCACUCCUGAUGAGAUAGAAAGGAUGAAGAAGGGAAAAAUUAUCACUAACAGGAGAUGCAGACUCCGUAACUUGAAGAAAAUGCUCCAAAAGGUUUACAAGGGUUCCGGGAAAGAGAAAGAAGUUGCAAUGCUUGACGAUCAGGAACCUGAUGGUCAGGAACCCGAUGGCCAGGAACCCGAUGACCAGGAACCCGAAGGCCUAGCCCUGUCAGGAGACAGUCUUGGACUCUCUCCCAACUCCCGCCGAUUACUUGCCUUAGGAUCAGAGCUGUAUGAAAGGAACAGUAAAAUUAAGAAGAAAAAAAAGAAAAAGAAGAAUAUUCUGGACAACACAUUAUCUGUAGGAUUAGGUAGCAUCAUGCCAAUGUCAAAAGUUGAACGUAUGAAGUGGAAAAAGAAAAAGAAAAAGAAGAAAGCCAAGGGAGGCAUGACCAAGGAAGAAAUCAAAUUGCGGAAGAAGAAUGCCUCAUCCAAGCUGCUUUUGAAGGCGAAGCAACGCAAGCAGAAAGGGAAGGGGAUGAAAUUGAAAAAAUCUGCGGCAAGGAAGCUGAAACUUGGAGCUGUCUUGGAAGACGAGAUGGACAGCCUGUCCAGGAUGAAGAGCCUUCUACAUGAUAAACUUCUCAGCCCUGCAGACAAGACUUUACAAGAUACAGUGUCUCGUCAGAUGGCUGAUGCUUUGGAAGCAGAUAUGUCUCCUGAUCAGACGGAAGCAUCCAACGCCAAUGUACACCAGGUUGCCAAUGAAGUCACCGUGGGGAGUGUUGCUGUGUCGGGUGGACCUCGCAUCAAGCAUGUCUGCAGGAGACAAUCCGUGGCCCUGGGCUACUCACCAGCCCGCUACGAAGGACAGGGGCCCACCAGCCAUGAUAGCCUCAAACUGAGUGCUCUGCCGUUCAAGGAGAGGAAGAAGCUCUUCACGAGUGAUGAUGACAACAGUGACACUGAAACUGGGUCAGAGGGUGAUCUCUAUGGCAACGAAACAUCGCCCCGACUCUCCACCCGAAAGCGGAAGCCGACGGCCAAGAAGCGUGCCAUGGAGGGGUUCCUCACAAUGGACGAGGAGGCCAAUUAUCUGGAGAAGAAUUAUUCAGACUUUGCUACCAAGAAAGAGGCAAAAAAAGUCUUGAAGCUCAAGAAAGCCUUGCAGCAGAAGUCUGAGAUGGCUUCGAUGUCGACGCCCUGGUCGUCGAUGCCCGAAGGAGAUGAGGAGCUUAAUGUGAAAAGGAGGUCGAGGUGCGGACAGUGCUCAGCCUGCUUGCGCAAAUACGAUUGCAAGAAAUGUGCAAACUGUCUGGACAAGCCCAAGUAUGGUGGUCGCGGUACCAAGAAGCAAGCGUGCAUACAUCGUAAAUGUCACAAUCUGGUCAAGAUGAAGAUGUGGAGGUUGAAGCAGAUGAAAGCCAAGAAACUCCUGGCUGUCCCAGAGCAAGCACAAAAGGCUCCGUCUGUUCCUAGACCUGCUGGGGCCAGGAUAAAGAGAGCUGGAGGGGACGUGCUGGAUGAACUAGCCCUGGUCCCGAGCAAUAAGAAGGGCCAAGCGGGGGGUGAGAAGACUGAUGCGAACUCCAAGUCGCUGAGGACUGUCAAGUUUUCUAAGAAGAUCCGUGGUAAACAUUUCAUCAAGACUGACUUUAAGGAUGACUAUGAUAUGUCUGUUGCAUGGAAACGUGGAAUGGUGAUCAUUUCUUCAGACCCUAUGAUACCCAGGACUAUAUGCUAUCUAUGUGGCAGCAAUGGCAAACAUGAGCUGGUGUAUUGCAACGUUUGCUGCGAGCCUUUCCAUGACUUCUGCCUGGAAGAGGAUGAACGCCCUCUCCCUGACGAAAAGGAGAACUGGUGCUGUAGGAACUGUCGGUUCUGUCACGUCUGUGAUCACCAAGAUAAGCUGUUGACUUGUCAUAAGUGUCACUGUAGCUAUCAUGCAGAGUGUCUUGGUCCUAACUACCCAACAAAACCAUCCAAGAAGAGGAAAAUAUGGGUGAGUAGAGCUUAUAUUCAUUAUACUAGUAUUUCAAACAUAAAGAGCCGGUUUUGGGGUGUUCCCCCUCUAAUUAUUAUUAUGAUUAUUAUUAUUAAUUUGUUCUGUAAAUGUGUUAUGCCAUGUUAUUAUCAUUUUACAUCGUUGGUGUUUUACAAGUUAGGAUAAUAUAUACAUUUAAAA